GCGACUCCUAAACGAAAAUCAAGCGAGCGUGUCGGAUAGAAUCUUUUUCUACCUUGAUUACUUUUUAAGUCUUGAUAUUCUAGCAUGUACUCUUUGGGGCAUGAAAAAACAAAUAAAUCCAAUGGUCUGCUUCAGACUGUGGAGCCAGACAGAAGAGGUUAUUAUACAAUCAUGAUGCCUAAUAAAAAUUGUCCUUCAACAGAUCCUGUUGAACUGGAGUGUCUUUUCGGUCAGGCUGGCGUAGUAAGAGAUAUAAAUUUCGGAGAUAACUGCACUUUUCUGAGAUUUCUUACUGCUGCAGAAGCCAUGAAAGCUAUAAAAUUGUUUGCAGCAGAAUACAAAGUGAAACCAGCAAUGUCCAAAAAAAGGAACUGCACACAAAAUGAGCGUGACAACACAAAGGACAUGGAAAUGUCCCCAACUGAUUCUCCUGUAAAUGGUAUAACUAAAAGCAAGAAAUUGUUUGUUGCCAAUAUUGAGUGUGAGGAAAGUUUUCAAGAACUUAUUAAGCCCUAUAAUCCUGUAUCUGUGACAGUCAUUCAAAAGGAAAUCAAAACAUUUGCUUUCCUCACAAUGAACAGUGAAGAGGACGCUACCAAAAUGAUAGAAGAACUGAACAACAAAGUGCAGACGUCCAGGAAGUUAUUUGUAACUUACAACACAAGGGUACACAAACAAGAAACAACUGGAGAUGAUGAUGUGCACUCGAUUGCUUCAGAAAACUCAUGCACAAGAACCAAUUCUAAAUCAAUAACUUCAAAGACUAAAAAUGGUCUUCCUUCUACACCUCCAUGUCUUAGUAGAUUGGAGGACAUGCCGGAACUCAUUCAUGAAUCAAAAGUGGCUGACUUAGAGAACAACAGGAUGGAAUGGUGUAUAUAUAUAUCAGGUUUCAAGUCACGUUCCUUAGAGAGCACCUUGAGAAAUGCCUUUUCUAAAUACAACAUUUUAGACAUCUGUAUUGAGAAUAACAACCAUAAUCAUGGGCUCACAAAAGCAACUCUUUACUUGGCCACUCUGUACAAUGUCCUUGAUGCUAUCAAAGAGAUGGAUGGCUCCCACUUAGAUGGAUUUCCUUUAAAGGUGGAUGUGCCCUUCUGUUAUUCAAGAGAGCGCAAGGUGGUACUAGACAUCCUUAAAAAAAGCAAAGAGGCAUCAGAAGAAACAUUCUAGGAUGCUGAGAGGUGAUUUUUGGUUAUCAUGAUAACAGAACACUUAAGUUUUUAUCAUUACCUAUAUAAUAUAGGUGUAAUAUAGACCGUGAAAAGUAUAUUUUUUAAAAAAGUCAAAUUGAAAUUCUAAUGUUCUGUUGUUGAGAAACAUUUUUUUAUUUGCACCUUAAUGUUUUAAAGAGUUGAACUAUUUUAUGUCAAAGUCAUUGUAUUUAAGAGCAUAGAGCUUGACAACAAAAUAAUCUACUCUCUUUUUGUUCAUUUUGUGAUGGAUUGAACAUACAACAAUGAUAUUGUUAUAAACUGCUUUUAGUCAGUGCCAUUGUCAGAAUUCCUCCAUCCAAUAUUCUUCUCCAAGUUUCAGUUUAUAGUCUAUCUUCUUUGAAAACACAUUUUAUGGUCCUGUAUUCCCUUAGAGGAAAUGUUGCCAUUUUCAUUUUAACCCCGGUAUCUUUGACUCAUUUUCUGAAACUAAAAAAAAAAUUAAAACAUUUGAAAAAACCUUCAAGAAAUGAAGUAGUUACACAAAGAGUUAAUGAAAGACAAUUAUUCUAAAUAGUAUUUGCUAACUAUUCGUGAACAAACUUGACUAGACACCAAAAUUAUGCAAUGGAAUCCUAUAGACAUUAAAAUUGAGUACACUGUAUUAUUAUUACAACGCAAUAAACAACUAAGACACAGAUGAUAACUGCAAAAAUACAUAGAUACACAAUUUGCUCAUAACUUAAUAAACGCAAUAAACAAAUUAGACACAGAUAACUGCAAAAAAAAUACAUAGAUGCAAAAUUGGUUUAUACCUAAAUAAACAAUGACACAGAUGAUAACUGCAAAAAUACAUAGAUACAAAAUUUGUUCAUACCUAAAUAAUCACAAUCACCUUUGAAUUCAUCUACUCAACAUUCUCCUCUUUGUUUACAUCUCCCAGUCAAGUAUGGUCUAAAUGUAGACAUUAUCCAGAAAAAAACAAAUAAAUAAAAGCUUCCCUCAUGUUACUGGUGUCCCCAUUGACCUUAUUAAAAGGUCAACUGGUGUUGCCAAGAAAAGGGAGGUGAAAUUGUCCACUAAAUAUGACAUUUUACUGGUCAUUUAGUACACAGCUAUUACAUAAUAUGUAACAUGUCUCAAAGAUGAGGGGAUGAUGUAUUAAAUAAUUGUCUCCCAUUUGAAUGCCACUAAAAAAGAAAAUGCUGGAACACAGUAAGAUGAUGACUCAUCUUUUUUGUUUCUUUAAUUCUCUUGAGCACAAUGUACAAUUCAAAUAGUAGUAGUAGAUGCUCCCAAAUAACAAUGAUUCAAGUUUAAUAUUUCAUAGAACAAUGUUUAUGUUUCAAUUGAAAUCUUAACUGUCUGGGUUGCUACCUUUUUCUUUUGUAUAUCUUGAUUAUUUGUCUUUUCUGGAGAUUAGUACCAUGGUCUGAAAGUUUUUAAAACAGAUUUCUGACAAAUUUUUCUUACAAAUGUCAUUUGUUUCUGACCUAUAGACCGCAAAGUCUGAAUGGGGUACUUUUCUUUACUUUUUUGUUUUUAUAAACCUCAAUUUAUGAAGUACUUGAUCAAAUGUUAAUGUUAUUUCACACUUCAAUGACUAAAACCCAUGUUUAACUGCCCUUUAAAUAUGUUUGAAAACUACAACAUCACAUUUCUUAUUUUCAAAUCAGACAAACAGUAUUUGUUAUUCCAAAUGCACUUUCUGAAUGAGAGACACUGUUAUAUAAAACAAUACUGUUUGAACAUUGAUUAGCAUGGCUUUGAAUAAGACUAAAGUAUACUGACUCAAGAUGAACAAUUUUGAAAAGUAUACUGACUUGACAUUAGAACAAUUUUGAAAAGUAUACUGACUGGACAUGGAACUAUUUUUAUCUAAAAUAGUUAAUAGUGUAUUGCUUGACAGUUUUGAAGUCAAAGAAAAGACUUUUCUCCGAACAAA